AUGCAGAUCUUCGCCAAGACGCCGACGGGGGAAACCAUCACCCUCGAGGUCGAGACAAGCGACACCGUCGCCGACGUGAAGGCCAAGAUCCAGGGCAAGGAAGGCAUCUCGCCGGAGGACCAGCAGCGCCUCAUCUUCGCGGGGAAGCAGCUGGAGGAUGGCCGCACCCUCGCCGACUACGGCGUCCUCAAGGAGUCCACCCUCCACCUCGUGCUUGGCCUCCAGGGCGGCAUGCAGAUCUUCGCCAAGACGCCGACGGGGGAAACCAUCACCCUCGAAGUCGUGGACAGUGACACCAUCGCCAGCGUCAAGGCCAAGAUCCAGGGCAAGGAAGGUAUCUCGCCGGACCAGCAGCGCCUCAUCUUCGCGGGAAAGCAGCUGGAGGAUGGCCGCACCCUCGCCGACUACGACGUCCUCAAGGAGUCCACGCUUCACCUCGUGCUUGGCCUCCAGGGCGGGAUGCAGAUCUUCGCGAAGAUGCCGACGGGGGAAACCAUGACCCUCGAGGUCGAGAACAGCAACACCAUCGCCGACGUCAAGGCCAAGAUCCAGGGCAAAGAAGGAAUCCCACCGGACCAGCAGCGCCUCGUCUUCGCGGGGAAGCAGCUCGAGGACAGCCGCGCCCUGGCUGACUACUGCAUCGAGGAGGAGUCCACGAUUCACCUCCUGCUUCGCCUGCCCGGCGGGAUGCAGAUCUUCGCGAAGAUGCCGACGGGGGAAACCAUGACCCUCGAGGUCGAGAACAGCGACACCAUCGCCGACGUCAAGGCCAAGAUCCACGGCAAUGAAGGCAUCUCGCCGGACCAGCAGCGCCUCAUCUUCGCCGGGAAGCAGCUUGACGACGACCGUGCCCUGGCCGACUACAGCAUCCACAAGGAGUCCACGCUCCACCUCCUGCUUCGCCUCCCCGGCGGCGGGAUGCAGAUAUUCGUGAACACGCCGACGGGGCAAACCAUGACCCUCGAGGUCGAGAGCAGCGACACCGUCGCCGGCGUCAAGGCCAAGAUCCACGGAAAGGAAGGCAUCUCGCCGGACCAGCAGCGCCUUAUCUUCGCCGGGAAACAGCUUGAGGAUGGCCGAGCCCUGGCCGACUACGACAUUCACAAGGAGUCCACGCUUCACCUCCUGCUUCGCCUCAACGGCGGGAUGCAGAUCUUCGCGAAGAUGCCGAGGGGCGAAACCAUGACGCUCGAGGUCGAGAACAGCGACACCAUCGCUGACGUCAAGGCCAAGAUCCAGGGCAAAGAAGGCAUCUCGCCGGACCAGCAGCGCCUCGUCUUCGAGGGGAAGCAGCUUGAGGACGACCGCGCCCUAGCCGACUACAGCAUCGAGAAGGAGUCCACGCUUUACCUCGUGCUUGGCCUUCACGGAGGAAUCUGCAACUCUAUGCAGAUCUUCGUGAAGACGCUGACGGGGAAGACCAUCACCCUCGAGGUCGAGAGCAGCGACACCAUCGACAACGUCAAGGCCAAGAUCCAGGACAAGGAAGGCAUCCCGCCGGACCAGCAGCGCCUCAUCUUCGCGGGGAAGCAGCUCGAUGACGGCCGCACCCUGGCCGACUACAGCAUCCAGAAGGAGUCCACGCUCCACCUCGUGCUUCGCCUCCGCGGGGGCCACUGCAUGAUCGAGCCCAACCUCAAGGCCCUCGCUCAGAAGUACAACCAGGCCAAGCUGGUCUGCCGCAAGUGCUAUUCACGCCUGCCGCCCAGGGCCACGAAUUGCCGCAAGAAGAAGUGUGGCAACAGCAACCAGCUGCGGGCAAAGAAGAAGUGCAGGUACUGCUGAAGAUCAAGAUCCGCGCAUCAGUUGAAUCAGUUAUCUACUUGUCUCAGCUUAUCAAAACUGUCAGGAUUUUGUAGGCAGAUGAAUCAGUUGUCUACUUGUCUCAGCUUAUCACAAGUGUCCGAAUUUUUAAGUAUCUUAGUGUAGUAUUCUGCUGGAAGUUGAGCAGUGUCUCUUUUGAACACUUGGUUAUGGUUCAAUGCAUGCUGAGAACAUGAUUGUAAUAUGGCAGCUUA